CUUUUGCAUUGCAUUGAGCCUAUAAAACGUUGUCCUCAUCGGUCACUGAGUACAGUAACCUGUGAGCACAUCGCAUUUGAUACUUCGUUAGAUUCUACAGUAAUUUAAAAUUUCAUCUAACAAACUUUCCAAGGAAGCCAUGAAUGCCAUUAAAAAACAACUGCAGAUGCUAAAGCUCGAGAAAGAUCUUGCGAUGGACAAAGCUGAUUUGUGCGAUCAGCAGGCAAAAGAGGCAAAUCGGAGGGAAGAAAAAUUAAGAGAUGAAGUUCGCGAAUUGGCGAAAAAACUUAUGCAAAUGGAACAUGAUCUCAAAGUGAGCAAGGCUCAAUUGAUAAAAUCAAAUAAGGACCUCGAAAUGAAAGAGAGAAUCUAUAUCGUGACACAAUCAGAACUGGCUGUAUUGAAUAGAAAAAUGCAACAGUGCAUGCAGAAUUUAGAAAAAUCCGAGGAACGACGUUUGUCGGCUCAAAUGAAGCUCACGCAAGCCAUGGAAACUGCAGAAGAUGCAAAGCGUAUUUGUAAAGUCCUGGAGAAUAGGAGCAAGCAAGACGAAGAAAGGAUGGACCAAUUGAUGACACAAUUAAAGGAAGCGAGGCUUAUCGCUGAAGACGCUGAUACUAAAUCGGAUGACAUUUCAAGAAAAUUGGCAUUUGUCGAGGACGAGCUUGAAGCGGCAGAAGAAAGAGUUAAAUCAAGCGAAGCGAAAAUUCUCGAGAGAGAAGACGAGUUAUUUAUUGUCGGCAAUAUACUGAAGUCCUUAGAAGUGUCCGAAGAGAAAGCUAAUCAAAGAGUGGAAGAGUUUAAAGCGCAAUUAAAGGAAUUAAAAGUAAAAUUAAAAGCUGCCGAAAAGCGUGCUAUAAUUGCCGAGAAAACUGUCAAGAUAUUUACGAAAGAAAUGGAUAAGAGAGAAGAUUACCUAUCAAAAGAAAAGGAAAAGUAUAAAUUCAUCUGCGAUGAUUUGGACUCUACGUUUUCAGAACUUACAGGAUACUGAACUCGUUUUCGCCAAAUGUUCAAUCGAUUAUCUCUAAUCGAGUUUGCAUUGCGUAAAUAUAAAUAAAAUUUUA